AUGGUACUACUCGCAAGCUCGCACGCGCGAGCGAGGAUCACGGCCAAGGCGAGAUGGCUAACCCUGUUCGCGCUGCUGCUUCCGCUGCUCGUCGAACAUACAUCUGCCGCCAACUGGCUCGCACCAGGCCACCGACCUUCCCGCGCGCGUGCCAUCACGCGCGGCGACGUGUACAUCGUGCGCCUGCGCCGCGCGCCCGUGGCGGUGCAGGUGAGCGCGCCGUCGACGGCGGCGAGCGUUAAGUUCUCCGGCGCGCUCAGCCCCGACUCCGUCUCGACCACGUCCGCCGCGCUCUUCUCCGCCUCCAUCAACUCCGCGUCCGCCGGCGGCGGCUCGCCCGUUCGCGGCGGUAGCGACUCGGGCAGUAGUGCCGCGAGUGCCGGGAGUGGUAGCAGCAACGGGGGUGUCGGGACCGGGGGGGCCGCGCGGAGGCUGCUGACGGAAGCCAGAUCGGUGGAGGAGAGUGUUUCCACGCGGAUGGCGCGGGAUGGGGGAGACGUUGCGCGGGAGGGCGCGCGGAGAAACAGGCGGAAGCUGGCGGCGGCGGAUUGGGGCGCGGAGACGCGCAACGGGCGGCCGUGGUUCGACCGGUCGAGCGCGUUAAUCCAAUCGCUAGUAGACACGUUACAGGACGAGCAGAAUAAAGUUGCGCGACAGGCGGGACUCACUAACAUCACACGGGACAUCUUAUAUCGGUACUUUUACAUCUCCAACGGGUUCGCGGCGGUGCUGACGGCGGCGCAGGCGGAGAGUCUGCGCAGCGACGUGCGCGUGCUGCAGGUGCUGCGGAGCCGCGCGGUGCAGAAGCAGACGAGCGAGACGCCCGCGCUACUUAAUCUCCCCAAGACCUUCUGGAGCGCGAGUUAUACGGGCGAGGACGCCGUGAUUGGCGUCGUGGACACGGGUAUCUGGCCGGAAAACCCCUCCUUUAGCGAGGAGGGCUACAGCGGGUUCCCGCGGAGCUGGCACGCGCUGUCCACGGACUGUGCGCGCACGGCGGACUUCAAGGGGUGCUCGCGCAAGCUCGUGCAGGCGAGCUUCUUCCCCACGGCGUUUGAGAGCGAGUUCGGCGAGAUUGAUACUUCUUCCGAUUGGCGCUCGCCUCGUGAUGCUGACGGCCAUGGCUCCUGGGUCGCCGCUGCGGCAGCGGGCAAUCGCGACACGCCCAUGACAGUCGCGCGCGGGCAGACCGUGGGCGCGGGCAGCGGCACAGCACCACGGGCGCGCAUCGCAGCAUACAAGGUCUUCUGGCGCAGCAGCGAAUCUUCAGGCCUCGUAGCCACCACCGCGGACAUCGAGCAGGCCAUGGAUCAAGCCGUAGCGGACGGCUGCGCUGUUAUCUUGCUGGCUCUGGGUGCUGUGGACGGCGGGCAGAGCUACUUUGAUGAUCUGCCGGUGCUGUAUGCGAGCAUGGCGGGAACGCUGGUGGUGGCCGCGGCCGGGAAUGGCGGGAAGGGCAGUGAGGCGGCGCGGACUGUCGUAAACUUCUCACCGUUUUACUUGACGGUCGGGGCAACCACCAUCAACCGGCGCUUCUCAGCAAAGCUAAUGCUGUCCAACGGCACAGAGCUGGACGUGAACGGGCUGGGAACGGGCAGCAGCGCAAUCACCAACGUGCCCAUCAUCCACUCGCCCGACGCCAAGCUUGCCUCCGCUGCCGCUGCCCAGGCGGACGGGUGUGCACCAGGGACGCUCGACCCAGCACUGGUGAACGGCAAGCUAGUGGUGUGUGUGGCGGGGGGUGACGUGCCUCUGACCGCAAAGGUGACCGAGGCCAAGGCGAAAGGCGCGGUGGGCGUGGUGCUGCACAGCUCGCCGCGCACCAACCAGCCGUAUGCUCGCGACCUGCCCGUGGUGGGCGUCAGCGUGGGAGACUCCGAUUCCCUCCUCGCCUUCCUCCAAACACCCAAUCCGCAUGCGUCCCUCUCGUCAGCAUUCACAACAGCAUCCGACCUGCCAGCGCCAGUCAUGUACGCAACAUCCUCCACCGGCCCUCUCUCUCAAGGCGCCACCACAGACGUAUUCAAGCCCGACCUCGUCGCUCCAGGCGCCUUCAUCUGGGCCGCCUCCAGAGGCACUACCCUCUCAGACACCACAGAGUUCAAGAUCGGGUCCGGGACGUCUGUGGCAGCAGCACACGUGGCAGGGGUGGCUGCGCUGCUGAUGCAGUGGAAUCCAGCGCUCACACCCGUGCAAGUCAUGUCCGUGCUGACCACUACUGCCAAUGCGACCAUGGUGAGGCAGGACCCGGUGAAGGCAGAUGCGCCCACGCCUAUGGAUAUGGGCGCGGGGCACCUGGAUGUUGACGAGAUGUUCAGUCCUGGGCCUGGGCUGGUUUACAAUGCCGAGGUGCCACACUUUCUGCGGUUUCUCACCGGGCAGGAUGCGGCGCUUGCUGGGAAGAUUCUCCAGGACGGGCAGGAGGUGUCGCCGCUCGCCGCCCGGGAUCUCAACCGGGCGGCGAUCGCCGUGUCGAAUCUGCAAGGCGCGGUUACGGUAACGCGCGUGGUUACCAAUCUGGGCGCCACGGCAACGUAUAAAGCAAGUGUGGUGGAGCCGGCUGGUGUGGAUGUAGAGGUCACUCCUGCAAGCUUCACCAUUGAAACAGGUGCUGCCAAUGCUGUGAGAUUCUCGGUGAAACUGACCCCGCGUGCGGGAGCGGCAGCAGCGGGGAGUGGGUGGAGGUUUGGCAGCCUGACUUGGAGCGACAGUGCGGGCCACAGAGUGAAGUCGGUGAUUGCAGUGGAGGUUUAG